UUUCUCUCUAGCUGGAGAGAGCUUUAGAAGCAACCCCCCCCCCUUGUUUGACAGUCUCGUAGAUAGUAUCAAAGAUGAUAAUAACUAUCCUUUGGGGAAAAGACAAGAAGUUAAUUGAGGCAGGCUAGAGCUAUUGUGUUAAAGAUCCAUCCCAUUUCAUCUCAGGUAGUAUUUUGGAUUCAGCUAGAGCUGGUAGGGAAGGUGAUGUCAUUUGGAUCCCUCUUGCUGGCCUGGUCUGGUCAGGACAUCUCUCAGGAUGACAAAAACCCAGCGUCCCAAAAGAUAAAAUGUCCCCUCCAGCAAAGAGAGGGGCAGGAUUUUUUGUAGCAAGAUGUGACAAAUCCUGGUCUUGCUCAUUUUUCCUACCCAGAGCAGAAUUUCCAAUUCAAAAACUGGACAUAAUCUCCCUCAUAGAACGAGAGGAAGAGCCGUGAAGUCCUGAUCUCCAGGGUUACGAGGAAAAGGAUAUGCUGAGUGGCACCUGUGCAGGUGAUGGGAUUGUGAAUGAGAAUGGGGAGGAGAAUCUGCACCAGGACAGUCAUGAGUCAGUGGAACCACAUGACACAUUAUCAGGAGCAUCCCAAAGGAAUAUUUCCCAGAGUCCUGAGCAGGAUAAAGCCUGUGAGGGUCAGCACAGAUCAGAAAGGCAUCAAAGAACUCCUCCAGGGAAGAGACGAUGUAAAUCAACUGCAUGUGAAAUAGAUUUUAGGAAACUGCCAGACAUUAUCCAGCUGGGAAAUCCCAAGAUGGAGAAACCAGUAAUAUGUGAUGACUGUGGGAAAAGCUUCCGGCUGAGAUCAAACCUCAGACAGCAUCAAAGGAUUCACACCGGAGAGAAACCUUUUGGAUGUGCCGAGUGUGGGGAAAGUUUCCGGCAGCGCUCACACCUUAUUCAGCAUAAGACAAAGCACACGGGGGACAGACCCUAUGAAUGUACCGAGUGUGGGAAAAGCUUCAGUAUGAGCUCAAAACUUAUUCGGCAUCAGAUAAUCCACACAGGAGAAAAACCCUAUAAAUGUGGUGAGUGUGGCAAGAGCUUCAUUGGGAACUCACAGCUUAUCCUGCACCAGAGAGUGCACACAGGUGAGAGACCCUACAAAUGUGGUGACUGUGGGAAGAGCUUCAGUGUGAGCUCAGCUCUUACUCAACAUCAGAGAACGCACACUGGAGAGAAACCUUAUGAAUGUGCCGAGUGUGGGGAAAGCUUCCGGCAGCGCUCACAUCUUAUUCAGCACCAGAGAAUCCAUACGGGUGAGAGACCCUAUGAGUGUUCCAAGUGUGGGAAGAGCUUCAGUGUGAGCUCUGCCCUCAUUCAGCAUCAGAGAUUCCACAAAGGGGAAAGACCUUAUGAAUGUGCUGAGUGUGGGAAAAGCUUCACAGUGAGCUCACACCUGAUUCAGCACCGGAGAGUCCACACAGGGGAAAAGCCCUAUGAAUGUGCUGACUGUGGGAAAGGCUUCCUUUGGAGAUCAGCCCUUCUUCGACAUCAGAGAAUCCACACAGGACAGAAGCCCUAUGAGUGUACCGAGUGUGGGGAAAGCUUCCGUCAGAGCGCACACCUUAUUCAGCAUCAGAGAAUCCACACUGGGGAGAAACCCUAUGAAUGUGCCAACUGUGGGAAGGGCUUCACUGUGAGCUCUGCUCUCAUUCGACAUCAGAGAAUCCACAUGGGAGGGAAACCCUAAAAACGGGGGCUGAAAGCUUCAUGUCAGAUAUCCCUCCAGAGUCUCCCAAUAGAUAGUAGCCAGGCAUGUUUCUUGCUUUGAGUCCAUAAGGCUUUUCUCUUUUCACAGAGAAUGAAAAAUGCCUUGCUGAGGAUGGUCAAGUUAAACAAAGAGGAAAUGUUGGUGCAGGGAGAUGAGUCAUGUAGGGGCCUGAGGUGUGGAGAGGAAUGUAUGCUGGGAGCCAGAGCCAGAGACCAGGAGGCACUGUGGGCAGCGGGAGGAUGGAGCAUUUGGAGAGAAAAGAGAAGCUGUUAGUAUAAUUGGAGAGAAGUACCCCAUGAGAACCAGGGCUGGAACUAACAAGGACUGUGCCAGGGGAAAGGACUGGUCCCAGCAUCAUUGGUUCCCCGUGUGGAGAAGCAGGAAGGGGUAGUGAUCCAAGGGCUUGAUGAGUCUUGGCAGUCUCCCCAUCAUAUCAUGAAUCCUAGCUCCAGACAAGCAGCACCCUUCUCGGUUUUCCUGGUCAGGAUGGCAGAUAGAUGACUCUAUCCCGCUUAGGAUCUUGGGAUCUUGGUAGGAUUUAUCAAAUGAAGAUCUCAAUCCCUUUUGUUUCAGUGACUGAAUUCCCAGAUUUUUGGUUAUCUGUUAUAAAUUUCAACUUUGCCAGUAUUCCAAGACUAUUUCCAAAUAGUUUUGGUGGAAGCAGGUGCUAUUCCUGUACACAGAUGCUCAGAUUUCCUCCCAAUAAAUGCUGUCAUACUGUCAAUGACAGACAGUAUAUAAGUUUUUUGCCUUCAGAGGUGAAAGUAAGCUGGUCCCGUACGGUACGGUUUACUGGCAAGAGCCAGUACACAGCCGACCAUACUGGCAGGGGGCAGCUUCCCCAGGCAGGCAAUUUAAAAGGGCCCUGGGCUCCCAGCAGUGGCUGGAGCCCCUGGCCCUUUAAAUUGCCACCAGAGCCCCAGGGCUUCCAGCUGCUGUUGCAGCUACAGCUACUAUGGGGCUCCAGCAGUGAUUUAAAGGUCCCCUUUUAGUUCUGCCACGCCUGCCCACAUUAUGAAUAAAAUACUAUAUGAAUGGGACUGACUUUCUCCUAUAUGGAAUGUGCUAUAAACUAGGAAACCAUGAGUUCUAGUCCCAGCUGUUCUGUUAAUAUAUCUGCGUAUUUCACAAUUGUUUUGAGGAAAGACAACUAUUAUGUAUCUGUUUCAUUGUGAUGAUAACUGAGAGCUUGCACAAUUUCACUUCAGGCAGAGAUGGGAAUAAAAACCAGGUCUCUGUUGUGAGAGACUCAGAUAUUUCCACUUUGCCACAAUGCCUGUCAGAAUGAGCGUGCCAAAACUGUGCUUGGCUAUCUCUAACCACUAGACUGUAGUUUUCAUAUAUUAAUAAAUGAAGGCCUGAAGGGACAUCAUGAUCAUCUAAGUCUGACUUCUUGCAUAACACGGGCCAAAGAACCUCAUCUAGUAAUCUUUGCAUCAAACCUAUAACUUGUGUUUGAGCUAGAGCUGAUGUUUUAGAAAGAAUCCACCAUGUCCCUAGGUAAGUUAUGCCAAUAGUUAAUUAACCUCAUGUUAAAAAGGUGCACCCUACUUCUAGUCUGAAUUUGUCUAGUUUCAGCUUCAGAAUGGAUCUCAUUCUGCCAUUUUCUGACAGAUUGUGUGGUGUAUUGAAAAUUGUGUUAAAAUUAUAACAUAUCACUUUAAAUUCUUAGGGGUUUUCCUGGUCCUGCUUGCAGGUUAGUAGUGGUUGUGAUGUUGCACUCCAUAUGUUUAUGGAAAUAUGCUUAUGAGUGUGAAUGUAAUGUAACUGGAAUAUGCUUUACGCAAAAGGUCUCUUGUAAGGUAUCGUUACAAAGCUUAUAAUCUACUAAGUGUGUUCUUCCUAUUUGUAUGAAUGUGUCAUUCUUGUAUCUGAAGCUGGAAAUAUGAAGUAUUACUCUGAAAUCCUGUUGUAAUUAUGCAAAGUGUGGGCCCCUAAUGGUGGUUUGGACUCUUAAUGGCUCCCAUUAACCAGGACAAUUGGUUGUAAAUGGCUCUGUUUACUUGUAAGCCUUCCUGUGUUCCCGUGAGUCAGGCUGGAAAGAAUGGAGGCUUAGGGUCUCACAGGACAUGUGACUAUGUCACCUGGUAUUGGAAUCCAUCUUAAACCUGGUGUUUUUCCAUUUAGAAGGACGGGUGGGGACCCAGAGAGUCAAAAUAUUCACGUCUUGUACCAAAGCCAUAAAAAGGGGGUGGAACAGAACAAAGGGGGCUGCCAGUCAUGAGAAAUCUCCUACCUGAGAAAUUACCACCUGAUCUGGAACUCACAAGGACUGUGCCAGGGGAAAGGACUGGGCCCAGAUUAGAAAGGAGUCUGGUCUGUGAAAGAAGCUUAUUGGAACAUCUCUGAGGGUGAGAUUUACCUGUAUUCAAUUUCUUAAAUGUAUCAGGCUUAGACUUGGGUGUUUUAUUUUGCUUGGUAACUUACUUUGUUCUGUCUGGUAUUACUUGAAACCACUUAAAUCCUACUUUUUAUACUUAAUAAAAUCACUUUUGUUUAUCAGUAAACCCAGAGUAAGUGAUUAAUAUCUAGGAGACCAAAUAGCUAUGCAUAUCUCUGGAUCAGUGUUACGGACAGUUUGAGUUUACCCUGUAUAAGCUUUAUACAGAGUAAAUGGAUUUAUUUGGUGUUUGGAUCUCAUUGGGAACUGGGUAUCUGUGUAGUGGAGAUAGGUAACCUGCUGAGUGGUUUUCGGUUAAAGCCUACAGCUUUGGGGGCAUGGUUCAUAUCUGCGUCUGUGUUGCAGCAGACUAGUGUGUCUGGCUCAACAAGGCAGGGUUCUGGAGUCCCAAGCCAUCAGGAAAAAUGGGCUCAGAGGUAAUUUCAGCACAUCAGGUGACAGUCCCAAGGGCUCUCUGUGACCAAACGCAUCACAGUGGCCCUCUAGGGGAGUAUGCUAUCUGGGUCUUUCAGCAGUCAGUCUGCAAAGAGCCAACUAAGAGCAGGGGUUCUCAAACUUCAUUGACCCCCUUCUGACAACAAAAAUUACUACACGACCCCAGGAAGGGAGGCCAAAACCUGAGACCACCUGAGCCUUGCCACCACAGGUUGGGGAGCUAAAGACGAAGCCCAAGGGCUUCACCCCUGGGCAGGGGGUCUGUAGCCUUAGCCCCACUGCCCAAGGUGGUGCAGCUUGGGCUUUGGCCCCGGUCACAGACCCCAGCAAGUCUAAUGCCAGCCAUGGUGACCCCAUUAAAACGGAGUCUCGACCCACUUUGGGGUCCCAUCCCACAGUUUGAGAACCGCUGACUUAGAGCAAGGUGGGAGGAGUUGGGCCUCUCUGCCUUAGGGAGCAGCCAGGUUUUGGUUCUGGUUUGUGAAAGUUCUGGAUCUUAAGAGAUAAAGUAGUGUUACAUUGCAACCUUCCAGAAGGAUAAAAACAUAAAAUACUUCAGCUUCUCUAUUUGUUUAUUGUGAACGUAACAGAUUAAAGAGCCAGCUAUCAGAAAUCUCUUCCCCAUGUAAAUAUCUAUAGACUGUGAUUCAGUCAGCUCUUAACCCUCUCUUGGAUAGACUAAAUAGAUUGAUCUUCUUAGUUUCUCACUAUAUGGCAUGUUUUCCAGAGCUCAGAUAAGUCUUGUAUGAUUUUUCAACAAUCCUUUCUGAAGUGUGGAAGACAGAAAUGUAUGCAGAAUUCCAGUAUCGGUCUCACCAUUGCAGUAUACAGAGGUAAAAUCACCUCCCUUCUCCUUUUCCCUCCACCUUCAUGCACAGAACAUC